AUGUGCUGUAUUACGGGGUGCGCUUCAUUUUCUAUGUAUUGGGCUAUUAAAGCUAAGAAAAUGAAUAUAUGGCUAUCAUAUGGGAAAUUUCUUCCUGAAAAUCUGUCUGAUCUGACUUUCUAUCUCGGAAUUGUUCUUGGAUGUCUCCUCACAUUUCUCUUCUUUAUAGGAAUUUUGCUAGUUACCAGAAUAAAGCACUGUAUCAUAUCAUGCCCUGUAAUUAUUAUUAUUUGCUAAGGAGCUCAUGAUUUAAUAUAGUUUGGAGUUUGCACCUUCAUUAUAUUUAUAGUAUAUUACAUGCUGGGAAUACUAAGUUUAGCUGCUGGAUUUUACGGAAAAGAAGCUUUCACUGAUUAUUGCAACAAUCGUGACUUAGAUUACUGGAGUGGAUUUGCUUUAUUUGACUACGUUAAAGAGAUAGAUAACACCUACUUGGAACUGAACAAGCAGCUUAUGUGCACUGAUAUCUGCCCUUGUUCUAAAUACAACGAGAGAGCUUAUCAAGGUUAUAAUUUUACUGCAAAGAACUUCUCAGGAUCAAAUAAAAACGUGAUUAAAUGUAUUGAGGGUAAUUAAUACUCUGAUAAGUGGGAUUAUGAUGUAUUGAAUUAUCUUUAAGAACUUGAGAAAAAUUACAAAUGCUCUGGCUUGUGUAGUGCAUAGACCUUCUUAAUGUUUACAGACUUCACGGAAAUUCCAAAUAAAGCAUCUUGCUAUUCAUCAAUAGGGGGUGAACUAGAAAGAGACAUGGGAAAUAUGGGUUAUGUCUUUCUAAGCUGUGGAACUUUUGUGUUCUGUGCUUGGUUUUGUGCAUUUGGUCUUUGCUUUAGAGAUAAAUAAGCAAAGGAACUGAGGGAACACAUCAGAGCAAAAAAGUAUAUAAUGGAAGGGACCAUGGAUAAUUCUGAAAUAGGUGGGUUAUAGUCUCACCAAGAUGGAGUCAAUGAUGUGACGAAAGGAGGAGGUGAUGAUGAAAACUUAGUAUAGAACUAGACUAUUGAUCAAAGUUUAAAUAACGUAAUUCAUAGUAAAGCCGAUAAGAAAUCUAAUAGGAAAACACAGAGGUAAAAAGCUUUUAAUAAUAACAAUAAUAACCCAGUAUACACUAAAAAAAAUCAGUAUAAUAAUGAGAACUCAGGUAAUCAAAAUAGCUCUUAGUAUCCAAAGUAAUUUAAACCAUAUGGCCAGAAUUAGCAGUAUAAACAGAAUCCAAACUAUCAGAAAAACAAUAGCUCUCAAUCCUACUUCGAUGGUGAUUCGACAUCUCCAAGCUAUGGAUUCAAAGAAAAUGAAAGUGGCAGCUAAUAAGGCAACUUCAACAAUACUGGAGGCUUUAAAAAUAAUUAUCAAAAGAACAAUCAAUAUUAGUCGAAUUAUCAAGAAGGAAAUGCAAACUCUUACUAAUAAAAAAAUUAAUAUAGCUAUUAGCAAAACAAUGAUCAAGUUCAAUAUCAAAGAGCACCAUCUAGAAAACCUAGAGGAGGACAGUUUAAAAUGUUCUUCCCUAAACCUUUCACAAUUUCAAGAACCAAUAUGAUUUUAUCCGUUGAAGUAAAACCAGCCGUAUUCGAGUUAAAGCAGAUAAGAGCAAGCAGUUAAAACUAGUCUUAUAUUUCUCCAAAGAAUGGCUACAUUUGCUUUCAUUUUUCCCACAUUGAUGAUCAAGAACAUGUUUAAAACGAGACUAGAAAGACAUUCGUUAUGACAAUGGGACAAGUCAGACAGAUUCUGGAUAUUGACCCUGAUUCCAAAUACAAAAAAGGCUACGUUACUGAUGCCACUGAUAUAGAAAGUGAGGAGAAAGAUGGUGAAGAAGUAUUUUUCAGCUUCUAAAAACAAAACUCAUAAAAUAUUUUGAACAUGAAGGUGAAAGAAAUGGAGAGCAACAGGUAGUACUAGUUUACCUACUUUGAAGUAGUUAAUAACUCAGAUAUCCAGCACACUAUGUCUAUAGAUAUUACAGCUGGGGAACUGAAAGUGAUUUAGAUAUUAGUCAGAUAUGCAAUGCCGAGUUUACUCGGAUGGAAUGGUGCUCUUGACCCAAAAGUAUGCGGAUUGUUCUUUAAAAAUACUCAGCUCGAUUAUUGA